UCAUAUCGCUGUAACCUUAAGUUGGAGUACAUCGCCCCUUCCUAGCAAAACCACCAGCAUCACGCAAGCAGAGCAAAUGGAGUCGACCUCUCGCCAUAUGGUUGCGUCCGUCCUCUUGGUCCUUCUCCUCCUCGUCGCCACAGAGAUGGGGACGACGAGGGUGGCGGAGGCGAGGCACAGGCACUGCGAGUCGCAGAGCCACAGGUACCGCGGAGCGUGCUGGAGGGACGACAACUGCAAGCACGUCUGCAACACCGAGGGCUUCCCCUCGGGCAAGUGCAAGUUCCACGGCUUCGAAAGCAAGUGCGUCUGCACGAAACCCUGCCAGUAGCCACCUCAUCGACCGACGGAUCACAUAGCUAGCUAGCCGCGCACCACGACCGCCCUCGUGUCUUCAGAGUGUUCCUCCCCUGUUCGUGUACCGCUUUCCUUAUUCCGAAUCUAGUAAGGUCUACAUGCGUUGUGCAUGCCAUUUUCCUUGUUACAAGUGUUUUGCUUCCUACGGUGUAAUCUAGCUUGGGUGCUAAUAAAAAUUGGUCGUCGGUGUGCUUGGGCGUCUUUUAUCA